AACCUGAAGACGAGGCGUUUCCAGUCGCUGUCUAGGCUGCUGUACCUUCCCGACCGUCUUCUGGUGCCUUUCCCGUUGUUUGGAGUACGGACGAGGGGGAGAAAAACAACAACAACAACAACAACAAAUAAAAUAACCCAUGCAUAAUGGAAAUAGAGAACGUUCCUCAAACGAAGAUCAAAAGAUAACGAACGCGAGGAAUAUGACGACAAAUGGACGUUUUAACUGUCGGCAACAACGAAACGGAUGUUUGCCUGUCUAAAAAUGUGCGAGACCAUCGAGGAGACUUGCGGGCUCGGGAUGUCCCAUAUGACUGCGCCGAAACUCUGCAUUUGGUAAACGGUUUAAGUGCGUGCUUAGGAACAAAGGGGAAAAGUUUGAUGAGAUGUAUUUAUUUGGUUUAAUACAGCACACAUUUACUCAAUCAUGUUUCACAGUCUUCAUCUGGUAACAUUUGAUGCUUCCUGGUGGAAGGAAAUAAAGCAAUGAAGAUCAAUGCGUUGAGGUCUCCAAGACUAUUUUAAACUGAGAUUUAAACUGUGACUGUCAUUUUGUCGCCAUUCUAAAAUAUUUUUGACACUGUUUUGAGAAAUUGGUGAUGGUGGAUUCUCCAAAGCACAAAUAUUUUGUGUGUGUCUGUACUCUGAAGCCUAGACAGCAAUACAAGUGACUGAGAAUAAAGCAGAAAAUAUUCUGUUUAAAGAGGAGGAGAAAAGAAAACAUGGCAGUUGAAGGCCGAAUAACCAUUCUUGACGUUGGACUGUUUGCCAUGGUGGUUCUUCUUGGCCCUGUAGCUGCUGCUCAGAGUGAGCAGAGGGAGUGCGCUUAUGCAGAACAGCUGCAGGCUCUGGCAGAGCAGAUUGGUGGACGUGGAAAAGGGCAUGUCUUUCUUGAGAACUCAACCAUUCGCUGUAAUCAUGGAGGUCACUGUUUUGGACUCUGGGGGAAAAAAAAUAAUGAAAUUUUCUUAGUGAAGCAAGGUUGCUGGACAAAUCUAGGUGACUAUCAGGAAUGCUCUGACCGCUGCUUGGUGACCAACCCACCAUCAGUGGUCAAGAAUGGAACAUAUCGCUUCUGUUGCUGCAACAAAGACAUGUGCAACAUGAACUUUACUGAGGACUUCCCUCCCCCCUCCCCAACCACUGCACAGCCUCUCUAUUCUCGCCGGCUUUACAGAGAGGAAGCCAUUGUUGUCACACUAGCAACUGUCUCCAUGGUCACUGUCCUUGUUGUGCUGCUUUUUUUUGGGUAUCGCAUGCUAAGAGGACGUGGUAAACACUCUCUGCACAGCCUUGACGUUUUGGAGACGGUGUUUUCUCCUCCUUCUCUAGAUUUAGACAACCUCAAACUGCUGGAGCUAAUUGGCCGAGGCCGAUAUGGAACAGUGUAUCAUGGUUCACUGGAUGAGCGUUCUGUGGCGGUGAAAGUUUUCAACUCUGCUAACCGCCAGCAGUUUACUAAUGAGCGCAUGAUUUACCACCUCCUCCUGGACCACGAGAAUGUAGCACGCUUCUUAGAGAGCGAGGAACGUGUGGGCACGGAAGGCAGGACGGAGUAUCUUCUCUUGCUAGAGAUCUACCCUCAUGGCUCUCUGUGCACAUAUCUGAGUGGACGAACUGUGGACUGGCUGAGCUGCUGUCGUUUGGCUCUGUCUGUCACCAGAGGGUUGGCGUACCUGCACACAGAGACACAGAGAGGGGAUGCGUAUAAACCAGCCAUGUCCCACCGGGAUCUGAACAGCAGGAAUGUGCUUGUGAAGUCAGAUGGCUCGUGUGUGAUCAGUGAUUUUGGACUCUCCAUGAUUCUGACAGGAAAGAGACCACCCAGGGAUGGGGAAGAGGACAACAGUGCCAUCAGUGAGGUGGGUACAAUGCGGUACAUGGCCCCAGAGGUGCUGGAGGGGGCGGUGAAUCUGAGAGAUUGUGAGUCUGCGCUGAAGCAGGUGGAUGUUUAUGCACUGGGUCUGCUUUACUGGGAGACAUUCAUGCGUUGUGCCGACCUCUUCCCAGGUGAGACGGUUCCAGAAUUUCAGAUGGCAUUUCAGGCUGAGGUGGGCAAUCACCCUACCAUAGAGGACAUGCAGGCACUUGUGUCGCGAGAAAAAGAAAGACCCAAAUUUCCAGAAGCCUGGAAAGAGAAUAGCCUGACGGUGCAUUCUCUGAAAGAAACCAUGGAGGACUGCUGGGAUCAGGAUGCUGAAGCCCGACUCACGGCUCAGUGUGCGGAGGAGAGACUCACUGAACUGCUGCUCAUCUGGGACAGAGAAAAAUCAGUCAGUCCUGCUCUCAACCCCAGCAUUGCACUGUACAACCACAGGAACUUCUCUAUGGGACGGCUGACGCCUAAAGAGGGUUCUUGCCUCGAAAACUCAUCCACAAACACUGAAGACCAUGAGAGUUCCGCACUCAACAAUGACACCUCAGCAGGCCCAUCCUCAGUGGCAGCGUCAAAUCCUGCAGAGAAGAACAGGAACUGUAUUAACUACGAGUGGCAGCAGGCCCAAUCACGGCAGUCUGGCGUAGAGAGCUCCACCCCCACACCCAUCUCAGACACCUGCCCUGCCAACCAACCUCCACCAGAGGGCAAUAGUGGCCCUCUUUGUACUCUGCUGACUCAGGAGGACCUAGAAACAACAAAACUGGACCCAAGCGAAGUCCAGAAGAACCUACGGGAGAGCUCUGAUGAGAAUCUAAUGGAAUAUUCGCAGAAAAAGUUCUACCCUCCGGAAACAGCAAACUUGCACAGACCGCUCUACCCUCUCUUGAACAUGGCCGCUGAUGUUUCAGGGUCAGUGGGUUCCGGGCGCCAUGCCGACACCCCACCAACCAUCUUACCUAAGCAGCAAAACAUCCCUAAGAGACCAAGUAGCCUGAGCCUUCACGUUAAGCCCUCUGGAAAAACACCAACAUCCUCUUCUUCAUCACUGCGGAAGAAAUUUGGAAAUCUUGGCAAGUCCAAUCUGAAAAAAGUUGAGAUGGGCAUGGCCAAAGCCAGUGUGGUGAGCACAGCACAUGAGCCUCGGCUGAUUGUUGUUGCUAACAACGAAACUGUGGCAACAGCUAAUAAAUACGCAGCCGGAGCAGCACCUGAGUCAGCAGGAAGUGUGGCGUUGAGUUCAGAGGACUUGACCUUUAGCCUCUUGACGACUAGCCCUGAUGAGCAGGAGCCUCUACUGAGAAGAGAGGCGCGUCCUGACAACACAAACAACAACAACAGCAAUAACAACAACGGAGAGGGAGAUGGUGACAGAGAUACUGAGGGAGGAGGGGAAGGAGGAGAGAACAGUGAGAGUGUUGCUCCAACAGGGGAAGCUCCAUCCUCCUCUACCCUGGAGACUGUUGCACUGCCUGGUCCCUGUCCUGCUGCAGCCGUGGUUCCUUCACAGGCCCAGAGCACAGUCCAGACACAUAGAGAGGCCCUGCUCAGACAGAACCGGGUGCGCAGACCCGAAAGGCCCAACUCACUGGAUCUGUCCAUCACCACACUGCCAUUGUUAGGCAAGUCUGAUGGCAACAUGACAGAGGGAUCAGGAGAAAAAAUCAAGAAGCGAGUGAAGACUCCUUACGCUCUGAAGAAGUGGCGUCCUGCCAGCUGGGCCAUCACCACGGAAACAAUGGAUGCUGAGCUUAACAACAACAUUUGUCAUGGAGGGCUCGGUCAGAACCAGAAUCAGGGUCAGGCCGGUACCAGCAGAUCUAAAUCGGCCUCAGCAGUGUAUUUAGGAAAUCGAGGAGGAUCUUGCUUCUCCAAUGAUUGUGACUUUUGAACUUUAAACUUGAAAGACGGGUAAUGAGACAGGCUAAAAUCGAACUCAACAGCUCUGAAAAAAAAAAAAACUAUUUCUGAAGACUGUGGAGGCAGAUGUGGACAGGACCUUAUAAACUACAUGUCUUAAAGUUAACCCCAAUUAGUAAGAGUCUUAGUGGCUUACUUUACAGUGAAAAGAGCUAUGCAGCCAUCUUUAAGUUUAAUGUUAUCAAGUUCAACAUGGCUUCUUUUGAAGUACAUUUGUAUGUUUUUGUGUAAAUUAUGCAUCUUGUUUUGGUUGCACUUUUUCCUGCUACAAUUCACAAAUCAUACGUAUGGCCAUUUUGGAGAAUGGUCCGUAAUCUUAAACUAGUGUUAACACUUAAUCAUCACAGGGUUCCCACGGUCAUGCAAAACCUGAAAAUAUCAGGGAAUUUUAUAAUUGUGAUUUCUAGGCAUGGAAAAAUCAUGAAAAUUCAUGGAAAAAGAUUUUUGAAUUUCUAUUGUUGAUAUGACCUUUCUAGGUUUGCUCCGCUCUAAAAUAUUUUGGCUAGAAAUUGCUCUGAAUGAGUGCAAUCUCUAUAAAAUGAUUUUUAAAAAUCCAUAUCCAGUAAUCAGCUACUGGAAAAGUAAUGGAAAUUAAUUGGUCAAACUGUGUGGGAACCCUGUUUUCAGAGUAGAGGGCUACUCAUUAAUGUAAUUAUUUGAAUCUAAAUUAAAUACAUUAUGCCAUGACUCUCACAAAUUUGUCUAAAAGGUGACAAAGCUUACAUUUUUGGCCAUGCAGACCUGCAGAGUAUGUUUAUGUCCUUCUCAAAUAAUUUACCUGGAGUUUCCUUGAACUUUGAAAUGUAUGAGACCUAAUUUUACUGAAAUUCCUAUGUGACUCUGUGGGCAUAGCAUCUAAUAUUUGAAAAUAACAUUGUAUGUGCAAAACCUAUUCCUUUAAAGACAGAAGGCUUCCUCUUCUGAGUUCUUAGAGAAACCGAUAGACAUUUAAAAAAAGCAAAUUUAACAAAUUUUCAGUGUGUGACACAAAAUAUCUCUCAGCAUCAGGGAGACACUCAAGACAAUAUUUAGAAGUGGUGUGACCGCACACAGACUUGGCAACAUCUAAUUUGACCAGACACAGACCUCUCGCUCUCUGGGCAGUUUACAAGCAUUAUUCAGAAACAAGACAGAGCUGCACUGUAUCGAGUACACUAACUGUUCUAGAUCAUGUUAAAGGGAUAGUUUGUCCAAAAAUUAAAAAUUCGCUCAUCAUUUACUCACCCUCAUGCCAUUCCAGAUGUGGAUGAUUUUCUUUCUUCUGCAGGACACAAAUUAAGAUUUUUAGAAGAAUAUCUUCACUCUGUACAUCCAUACAAUGCAAGUGAAUUGGGUCCAACACUUUGAAACUUUGAAGCACACAAAGGCAGCAUAAAAGUACCCCAUAAAACUCCAGUGGUUUAAUCCAUGUCUUCUGAAGCAGUACAAUAGAUUUUGGGUGAGAACAGAUCAAAAUGUAGCAAAUUUUGACUGUACAUCUUGCUAUUGCAGUCUCUAGGCAUGAUCAUAAUUUCAAGCUCAAUUUAACUUCCUAGUAUUUGACGAAUGCACAGAGUGCUAGAUGGUGCUAGGAAGUGUAAUCCAGCUUGAAAUCAUGAUCGCCAAGGAGACUGCAGAUUUUAAGAUUUCUAGUGAAAAUGUAGUUACAUUUUGGUCUGUUCUCACCCAAACCCGAUUGGUUUGCUUCAGAAGACAUUAAUUAAACCACUGGAGUCUAAUGUUUUUUUUUUGUUUGUUUUUUUUUAUGCUGCCUUAUGUACUUUUUGGAGCUUCAGUGUUUUGGACCCCAUUCUCUUGCAUUGUAUAAACCUACAGAGCUGAAUUAUUGUUCUAAAAAUCUUUGUUUGUGUUCAGCAAAAGAAAGAAAGUCAAAUAUAUCUGGGAUGGCAUGAGGGUGACUAUCCCUUUAAAAUGUCUUACAUAAUAUGCUUUGGACCUACUUAUUAUUUGUUUGUUUUUCUACGUGUGUGAGGUAGUGUGCAUGAAUGCACAAGUUCAGUUAUCCUUGUGUUUGUUCCUGUGUCUUUGUGUCUUGUCUCUGGUUGUGUGAAAGGUUUUUGUGCUGCAUGUUUGUAUCUAUACCUGUGGGGAUGUGCAUCUUCAUAUGCACUUACCUGUUCCAAUCAUUUUAUGAUCAAGAGGUUAACAAACUGGCAAAGGCCAAAGGUCUAAUCAGCUUGAUCAUAGUUUUUUUUAAAAGCACAGCACACAAGAGCUGCAUUUUGUGCUAUGCACAAACACGUUUAGCAAGCAGCUCUGGUCUGAAAUGGAAAAUUAUUGUAUUGAUAAUCUGCUCUGUCUUGUAAGUGAUAAUUAAAUGGACACUGUCAUUUUCAUUGUUUAAACAGUGUCCCACAUUAUCCUCGCCUGAUCUGACCGUUGCAUGUUUUAAAUGCAUCUUAAAGAGCAAAACAUAUUUUCAGUCGAGACCCUAGCAUGUGUAUAUGCACAUGUGUGUAUGUGUUUGUGCAUGUAUGUGUGGGUGAGUGUUCAUAUGAUGUUAUUCUCCUGUUAAAACAAUCGUGGUAAUCAGUGUUGUGGUCAAUCAUUUUAUUACCCCCUUGCUGAGACCUUUUGAAAAUUGUGAUUUGUAUAAGAAGGUACAGACUGUGUAUUGUUAUUUGCAGAUUUAAAUUAAAUUAUGCUUUGCAUUUG